AUGUGGGGUGGCGGACCUGUCUCCACUCAGGUCAAGUUGUCCAAUGCUUACGAAGUCAUCGGCUACAUUCCCGGGGAGGGCCACAACCUGCAGGAGUUCUCUUCUGUCCUGGUGCGCGGAGGGCGCCGUAAAGAUCUUGUCGGAGUCAGGUACACCCUCUGUCGUGGUGCCCGUGAUUUGCAAGGAGUACAGGGCAGGAUGUCAUCACGAAGCAAGUACGGUGCCGAGAAGCCCGACGAUAACUCGUGA